AUGGAAAAAAUAAACGACAAGGCCAUUUUAGAGAAAAUAUCUGACAUAACAGGAAAUACAACCAAGAAUACUCUUCUUAGCUUUAAAAAAAAGAAGAAAAAAAAAAAAAAAAAAAAUGUAGAUGUAAGCGGAGAUAAAACGAAAAAGAUAAAAAAUAAAAAAAUUAACAAGACAGAAAACACUUUUGAUAAUUUUAAAUAUGAACCAAAAAAAGAAACAUGUAAAUUUUUUUUUAAAAAAGGGAAAUGUAUACAUAAUGAUAAAUGUACUUAUUCACAUGAUGUUAUUCCAAUAUAUAAAAUAUCAAAGUUAUGUAAAUUUUUAGUUAAAGGUACAUGUCAUAAACAAAAUUGUAUCUUUUCUCAUGAUUAUCAACUUUUUUAUUGUCGUAAUAAUGUUAUAUAUAAUUCAUGUCAUAAUCCUGCAUGUAAAUUUAAACAUGUAAAAAUAGAUAAUAGUAUUAAUAAUGCAGAUGAAUAUAAUAAAGAAGUAGAUAAUGUUCUAACAAAAGAUGAUAAAAUUAGAUUUCUUUAUAAUAAUAAAAAUUAUAUAAUGGAGUUAUUAAUUCAUAAAUAUCAUACUUUUGAUAAUACGGAUCAUAAAAUAAAUAUAGAUAAUUUAAUAAAAAAAAAUAAUUAUCCAUGGUUUAUUAAUGGAAUUAUAGAUAUUAUUAAGUUAGACUUUAAAUAUAAUAAAGCAGAUAGUUUUUUUAAAUUAAUAAAUAUAGCCAAAAAUAAUCAAAAUAAUAAUUUAAAAUCAUACAUGGAUAAUUCUGCUAAUCAAAAUGAUCAAAAUAAUGAUCUUACAAAUAACACAAAUGUCAAUAAUCAAGAUAUUAAAUCAUCACAGCCGUCAAUAAAAGAUGGGGAAUUCAAAAAUAAUAAUGAUAAUCAAAAUGGGGAUAACAAAUUAGAAAAUAAUGUGGAACAAAAUUUCGAUGACUAUAAUUUCUAUUCAAGUGAAGAAGAAGAUUAUACGCAGUACUUGAAUAAGUACUUUGACAUGGACACAUAA